AUGGAGAAUCGUGAACAUGUGGACGAGUGUGUGUCAACCCCCUGUGUCCACGGUACCUGUGCUGAUGGAGUGAACAGCUACUCCUGCAUCUGUGACCCUGGAUGGAGAGGGACGGACUGCACAGAAGAUAUCGAUGACUGCACGCCAGACCCCUGUGAUUUCGGCAAGUGUGCCGACACCAUAGGCGGCUACACCUGUACCUGUGAUGCUGGGUGGACAGGACCGAACUGCCAUAUAGAUGCCGAUGAGUGUGCGUCCAACCCCUGCGGACACGGUACUUGUGCUAAUCAUGUCAACAGCUACAGUUGUACAUGCCCGGUUGGAUGGCAAGGGGACAACUGCCAAAUAGAUUUGGAUGAGUGUGAGUCCAGCCCGUGCGAACAUGGCAGCUGCAGUGACAGUGACAACAGCUACUCUUGUGUAUGUCAUCCCGGGUAUACAGGAACAAACUGUGACACAGAUAUUGACGAGUGCACGUCCAGCCCGUGUAUGCACGGCACAUGCGCAGAUGGAGUGGGACAGUUCACUUGUGUCUGUGAAGCGGGGUGGUCUGGAGUCACUUGUAACGCAGAUUUUGAUGAAUGUGAGUCCAGCCCAUGUGCUCACGGCACCUGUACCGAUGUGUUCAACGGCUACACUUGCGUGUGCGAGGCAGGAUGGGACGGAACUGAGUGCAAUAUAAAUAUCGACGAGUGCUCCUCCAACCCCUGCCAACACGGCACCUGCAAUGACACGGUGAACGGGUACAGCUGCAGCUGUGAGCCGGGAUGGACCAACGACACCUGCAAUCAAGAUAUAAACGAAUGUGCAACCAACCCCUGCCAACAUGGAAAGUGCGUUGAUAAAGUGAACGGCUUCACCUGUGAGUGUGAUGGGGGCUGGACAGGUGAUACCUGCAAUAACGAUAUCAACGAGUGCGAGUUUGGCCCCUGUGUAAACGGCAACUGUACUAACUCUGACGGUGGAUACUUUUGCGUGUGUGAGGACGGAUGGACCAACAACCGGACCUGCAACGAAAGCGUUGACGACUGCGGCCCCAGCUCCUGUAAUCAUGGUACCUGCAGAGAUCUCCACAAUAACUACACCUGCAUAUGUGACCCGGGAUGGACAGACCUGAUAACCUACUAUGAAGACGUCGAUUGUCAAUGUAACACCUCUGUCCCUGUCAACUCUACUGACGGUGAGAAGAACUACACAUGCACUUGUGCUGGGGGCUGGAACAGGACCUACUGCAGUUUAGAAAUAGACGAGUGCAGUUCCAACCCUUGUCAGCAUGGAGCAUGUACGGACUAUGUGGCCAGAUAUAUCUGCAGCUGUGAAGAAGGUUGGGAAGGGGAAAACUGCGAUCAAGAGAUAUUCAACGACUGUGCCUCCGACCCCUGUGGCUUACAUGGGACCUGUACCGACGGUAUCAGUUCUUACAUCUGCACUUGUGAAAAGGGGUGGACUGGCAUCAACUGUGAAAAAGGCCCACCGACAUAUUCCUUCCAGCUGACCAUGGACAACCGGGAGUUCACUGAUCAGCUGAGUGACACGACUUCUGAGACGUUCAUUUCUCUAGCAGGGGAGGUUUCACAAACAAUAUGGUGGUACCUAAACCGAACCACUGUUGGGCCAGACAUCAUCAGUGUGGUGAUAACAGGUUUCCGCCCGGGAAGUGUUAUUGUAGAGUAUGACGUCCGCUUCCGUCAGAACACCUCUGUGACAGGUGGAGAAGUACAAGAGGCAUUCAUCUCCGUCUUAAGUAACAACACAGGUCUGGGUGAUGCUUUAGGGAUCCAGGUGCAGUCAAUAUGCAUGGUGGCUAACGGUAGCAGCACAUGUGUAGAGCCCAGUUCCCAGCAGUGGCAAUCUUGGGUCACCUACACCAUCGUAGGGUGUGCAGCUGCGGUCCUGCUUCUGGUUUGCUGUGUCUUUCUUGCAUUGAGAACUCAAAGGAACAAGCAAUGGUCCUGGCGACUAAAGAAGGAAUAUGACCAGUUUGACCCCUACAGCAGACGGAGCAGCAUGGAAAGCCGUCAACGCAAGGUGACGAACCCCCUUUACGAAGGACAGGGUACCUCCACUGCCUAUGAACUCCAAGACGCGGGACUUUCGGAUUUUGAAGAGAGCGGACUGACAGACCUUCAAGAUGGCGGACUUACAGACAAUGAAGACGGCGGAUCAACAAUCUUUCACUCGGAAGGAGGGUCCACAGAACUGCAAGAUGGCGGAUCAACAGGCUUUGAAGACGGUGGAUCAACAGGCUUCGAAGAUGGAGUCUUGACAGAAUUUCAUGAGCUUGACCUGACGGAAGAAGAAGGAUCCCAAGACGGAGUUUGCUGAGACCAGAGGACAAGUACCUGUGGUCCAUCAUCAGCUGUAUCUACAAACAAGCUUCAAGGUUUACUGUGAAAAGAAAAGGGACACUACGUAUACCGACAGAGAAUAGUCGUAGUAUGAUGAUUUCAUCGGGCAAACUUGAAUUUCCAUGUGAUAACUAGUACUAAUACAGGCUUUUGUAUGCUGCUACAUGUACAUUGCUCUUUUUGUUCAAGAUUGCAAAUGUAUUUCCUCCUGUAAUUUUGAAUUACUUUGUGUAAAUUGCAGAUGAGUCCAGAACAGUGUGACUAUAAUAAUGAUUAUGUUGCAGUUCCAAAAAAGGGAAAAUUGACAGUAAAGGUUGUAGAUGAAAGUAAAUGUAUUAUAUCUGUCUAUAUAGUUAUGUGAAAGGCAUCAGUGAUGACAGGCAUUAUCUGUCCUGUAUUGAUGUAAUUAUAAGUUCAUGAUUGUCAAUGUACUGGAAAGACAUUUUAACGUGCUUCAGACCUGUUAUUUCCUGUUAUUAUUUCUGUGUGUGUGCAUGUUUGUGAAAUGUGAAUAUAGAUAUCUAUAGGAAAAGGUACCAAACCCUCAUGAAGGAUUCGACCCAAUUUAAAUUGUAGCUUAGUAUUGAUAAAGAAAUUUGAUUCAGUUGAGUCUGUCUGUAAUAUCAUAUAUAAAUUUGACAAUCGAAGAAUACGAAUAUAACGUUACUUGCAUUGAUUGGGUCAAUUUCAGCAAGUAAGACAUUUGCUCUCAAAGCACUUGUAUUGAAGUAUUUUGCUGCCAUUGUAGGACAAGGUGGCCACUCUUUUACCAGAAUAAAAGCGAAAUGCAAGAAAUAUAAAUGUAAGAUGAUUUA